AUGGACCGCUGCCACCUCCUCCAGCCGCUGUGGUGCUGCCUGUGUGCUCGUUCGGUGCGGACCGGGGGCCUCUUUUGUGAAGCAGCAUCUGAGGAGACUCCGGCCCUCGCGAUGGCCGACGAAAAGCCCAAGGAAGGAGUCAAGACUGAGAACAACGGUCAUAUUAAUUUGAAGGUGGCGGGGCAGGAUGGUUCUGCGGUGCAGUUUAAGAUUAAGAGGCAUACACCACUUAGUAAACUAAUGAAAGCCUAUUAUGGACGACAGGGUUUAUCGAUGAGGCAGAUCAGAUUCAGAUUUGAUGGGCAGCCAAUCAAUGAAACUGACACACCUGCACAGUUGGAAAUGGAGGAUGAAGAUACAAUUGAUGUGUUCCAGCAGCAGACAGGAGGUGUCUACUAAGAAAGGGAAACUGCUACUUUGCUCCAGAACUUUGUUCUUAUAGACCAAGAAUACAUUCUUAAUUAGAAAACUGCAAUUUGGUUCCACCACAUCCUGACUACUACAGUAUAGUUUUCUCUAUUCUCUCAUUUUCCCCUUCCCCAUUCCUUUAUUGUACAUAAAGUAACUGGUGUAUAUGCACAAGCAUAUUGCUUUUCUUUUUUCUUUUUCUUUUCCUUUUUUUUUUU